CCGUGUGUGCGAGUUUUGAGAGCCAGCAAUCCCCGCCUUCCUGUCGCUAAUUUGCUUGCCUUAUUUUUCUUCGCAUUUCUCAUGCUCUUGACUUUCUCAAUUCAAAGUCGCCUUCGUAUUACUGCAUGCUCUCACCAGCCAUAAGCUCCUCUCUUAUUUAUACUUCCCAAACACCUUCCAUUUUAAACCCAAAACUUCUUGCUUCAGCUCCAAAAACCAAAACAAAAAUAAUCUCGACUACCAAUCUCUUUCUCAUUUCUGUUAGUUUUGUUUGUUGUUAACGGAUUUUUUGGAUACCGGGGAGAAUUGAAUCAGAUUUCAAUGGGGAGUCGGCGUCACGAGGAAGGGCUGAUGACCUCCUCGGAGAACAACUCGGACACCGAGUCGACUCAGUUGUCGACAGCCGCGGGAGAAAGCGGCCCAGCUGAAUUUGAAAGAAGAGCUUUCAGCGGCCCGCUCGGUGAGCCUCACAAUAGCUACGCUCCUUCUUCAUUAUCUUCCAAAUCCACCAGAGCUUGGCGGCGGAUUAAGAGCGCCAAGUUCGACAAGUCCGCCGUGGACAGCAACCGCACCCCCGGCACCGACCAAAACGAAGACGAUGCUUAUGUGGAGAUCACUCUCGACAUCCGAGACGACACCGUCGCCGUCCACAGCGUCCAGGCCGCCGGCGGAGCCAGCAAUGAAGACUCCGAGCUGGCUCUGCUGGCCAAGAAAACUCUUGAGGGGAAGAAAUCGUCGUCGUUUCGGUCCUCGCUGCUUCGCAACACGUCGUCGCACAUCAGGCAAGUCUCUCAGGAGCUGAAGCGCCUGGCUUCCUUCUCCAAGAGACCGUCUAACGCGAGGAGAUUCGACCGCACCAAGUCUGCCACCGCCCACGCUUUAAAGAGCCUCAAGUUCAUCACCGCCAAGACCGGCGGAGGCGCCUCCUCCUCCUCCGGAUGGGUUGCCGUCGAAAAGCGCUUCGAUGAACUUACCGUCAAAUCCAACGGCCUCCUCCCUUCUUCCCUCUUCGGGGAAUGCAUAGGGAUGAACAAAGAGUCGAAGGAGUUUGCAGGAGAGCUUUUCCGCGCGAUUGCUCGGAGGCGUAACAUUAGUGGUGAUGCCGUGAACAAAGCUCAGCUCCGAGAGUUCUGGGAGCAAAUUUCUGAUGAAAGCUUUGAUUCGAGGCUCCAAACAUUCUUUGACAUGGUGGAUAGAGACGCUGACGGUAGAAUCACAGAGGAAGAAGUCCGAGAGAUCAUUAGUCUGAGUGCUUCUGCAAACAAGCUCUCCAACAUUCAAAAACAAGCUAAGGAAUAUUCAGCUUUGAUUAUGGAAGAACUAGACCCGGAUGGUGCUGGCUACAUCAUGGUUGAAAACUUGGAAACUCUGUUGCUGCAAGCUCCAGUUGGCCAAUCUGUCAGCGUAAACGAAAGCCGGGUUCUGAGCCAACUGCUGAGCCAGAAGCUGAAGCCCACACAGGAGAACAACCCAAUCACACGAUGGUAUGAGAAGACCAAAUACUUCUUGUUAGAUAACUGGCAGAGAGUAUGGGUUAUGAUGCUGUGGCUUGGCGUAGUGUCCGGUCUCUUCGUCUACAAGUUUCUGCAGUACAAGAAUAAGGCAGCAUUUGAAGCGAUGGGCUACUGUGUUUGCAUUGCUAAAGGAGGAGCAGAGACGCUUAAAUUCAACAUGGCCUUAAUUUUACUACCCGUCUGCCGAAACACCAUCACUUGGCUCAGAAACAAGACCAAAUUGGGCGUCGUUGUCCCUUUCGAUGACAAUUUAAACUUCCACAAGGUCAUUGCAGCUGGAAUUGCUGUCGGGGUUGGACUGCACGCUGGGGCGCAUUUAACCUGCGAUUUCCCACGACUAAUUCAUGCAACUGAAGAAGAGUACGAGCCUAUGGUACCGUACUUUGGGGAAGAGCAGCCUCCAAACUACUGGUGGUUUGUGAAGGGGGUGGAAGGGUGGACAGGCAUUUCAAUUGUGGUGUUGAUGGCCAUAGCUUUCACAUUGGCCACUCCUUGGUUUAGGAGAAACAAACUGAACCUGCCAAAGCCCCUGAAGAAGCUCACAGGCUUCAAUGCCUUCUGGUAUUCACACCACCUGUUUGUCAUUGUCUAUGCUUUGCUCAUCGUCCACGGCAUUAAACUCUACCUCACCAAGGAAUGGUAUCAAAAAACGACAUGGAUGUACUUGGCAGUCCCAGUUGUCCUUUACGCUUGUGAAAGGUUGAUCAGAGCUUUUCGAUCAAGCAUCAAGCCAGUCAAGAUUCUCAAGGUUGCUGUUUAUCCGGGAAAUGUGCUUGCACUGCACAUGUCGAAGCCUCAGGGCUUCAAAUACAAGAGCGGGCAGUACAUGUUUGUCAACUGUGCUGCGGUUUCUCCUUUUGAAUGGCACCCGUUUUCCAUUACCUCAGCACCUGGAGACGACUACCUGAGCGUCCACAUUCGAACACUAGGCGACUGGACGCGGCAGCUCAAAACUGUUUUCUCCGAGGUGUGUCAGCCUCCAACUGGUGGGAAGAGUGGCCUACUCAGAGCUGAUAACAUGCAAGGAGGAAACAAUCCCAGCUUUCCCAAGAUAUUGAUAGACGGUCCAUACGGGGCACCAGCACAGGACUACAAGAAAUACGACGUAGUACUGCUAGUGGGGCUUGGAAUCGGGGCCACUCCCAUGGUGAGCAUUGUGAAGGACAUCAUCAACAACAUGAAAAUGAAGGGCAAGGAAGACGACGACUCGAUAUUAGAGUCUUCCCUAGAAAUGGGCAGGGUCAGUGGCAACUCAUCAACCCCUAACCAUAGCAGCAGCGGCAAGAACAAGAGCAACAAAGGGUUCAAGACCAGAAAGGCCUAUUAUUAUUGGGUGACGCGGGAGCAAGGCUCGUUUGAAUGGUUCAAAGGGAUCUUGAAUGAGGUGGCGGACAUGGACGAGAAGGGUGUCAUUGAGAUCCACAACUACUGCACCAGUGUUUAUGAGGAAGGAGAUGCCAGGUCAGCCCUCAUUGCCAUGCUUCAGUCCCUUCACCAUGCCAAGAAUGGUGUGGAUGUGGUGUCCGGGACACGUGUCAAAUCCCACUUUGCCAAGCCCAACUGGCGCCAAGUCUACAAGGAUAUUGCUCGCCACCAUCCUGAUAGCCGAGUGGGCGUGUUUUAUUGUGGGGCACCAGCACUAACAAAGGACUUGAAGGAAUUGGCUUUGCACUUCUCCCGCAAGACAACCACCAAGUUCGAAUUUCAUAAAGAGAACUUCUAAUUGUAAUAAUAAUUAUAAACAAAAUAGCAUGCCUUAAUCUAUGCAGACCAGCGGUGGUAGAAAGCCUCCUGUAUAUCCCUAGUUUAGCUGAUCUGAUGCAUAUGUAAGAAGUGUAGAUUAGAAAGUAGAGAGAUAUUUUGCGCACACAAAAUGGGAAAUAAAAGUAAGGAAGGAAGGGAGGUCUCCACUCAACCACAUGGGGUGGUGGGUGUGCAAUAAUGCAAUAAUACCUACCACAGACAGCAGCAAGCAAAGUGUACCGUCUUUGGUUUGGAGGAAAGUGGAGAAGAAGGGACCCGCCGCAAAAGGUGACCACCGAUAAUGGAUAUAGUCUUAUAGUAUGGCAGCUGUGACACAUUAGAUGAUUUGAUUCAUCACCACAGCAACCCACUGCAUAUACCAAAACUGUUCCUUUUUUGUCUUUUUUUGUUUCUUUUUCUUUGGGAUUUUUGUCUCUUGGAUAAAGAUUUUGUCCACAUUAUUUAUUGGAUGUCAUUCUUUCAAAUGGAAUGCUAGCAACCUUCUCCUUUCUUCUCA